AGCGUCUCAGUUAUUUAAAUAAGAUCUGUUAAUUGACAGAUAUUUCGUCUUGAGUUGAUGAUAAUAAUUGCUUGGCGUCAGGAUUGGCUUGGAUAUCCUGCUGUGUGACUGUGUAUCGAAGCACGUCUUGUUACCCAAGGUGUGUAAAGGCCAGGGCCAGCUGACAGGUGUGUAGUGGUGAUGGCGGUGGUUAUCCGCCUGCAAGGCCUGCCCAUCGUGGCGGGCACCAUGGACAUACGGCACUUCUUCUCCGGCCUCACCAUACCGGAUGGGGGGGUUCACAUAGUGGGGGGGGAGCAUGGCGAGGCCUUUAUGGUGUUCGCCACGGACGAGGAUGCCAGGCUAGGUAUGAUGCGUACAGGUGGGGCCAUCAAGGGCUCCAAGGUGUCCCUCCUGCUCAGCAGCAAGACUGAGAUGCACAACAUGAUCGAACUGAGCCGCCGCCGUUUCGAGACAGGUAGCGGCGAGACCGCUGCCGGUAACGGCAGCCGGCCGGGAGGACCCCCCGCCAGCACUGCUGGGAGUGGGAGGGGCUUUAGCAACACCACCACCGCCACCACUGCACCCUCUGGCCAUGACAGCGGUGGCAACAAGAACCCAUCCACUUAUGCCUCCUCCUCUGGCAGCAUGCCGCCAAGCUUCAGCAACAACUACAGCAGCCCCGCCAUCACCACUCUGGCCUCCCACAACUCCGGCCCCCCUCCCAUCCCCUCCCUGCCCCCCAUGCCUACCAUCCCUCCCAUGCCAGUCCCUCCUCCCGUUUCCUCCCUCCCACCUGUCCCGACCGUUUCCCCCCUCACCCAGGGGCCACCUGUGCCCCCUAUGUCCCAUCUUUCCCACAUGUCAGCCAUGCCUCCCUUCAACCCCGGCGUGCCACCCCCUGGUGGCAUGACCCAAGGCCUGCCCUUGGGGACGCCAAACCAUAUGUUCCUUGGCCAUAUGAACCCCCUGGCCUCCCUCAAUCUGCAAGCACACAUGAAAGCUGCCGUAGGUGGUGCUGCAGGUCUUGGCGGGCCACCUGUAGGUCUUGGGCCAGAUGAUCUGUAUGCCCAUCUCCAAGGACUUCCCUUCACAGCCACAGAGAUGGACAUUCGAGAUAUGUUCCAGGGCCUGGGGCUCGACUCGAUCCGCCUACUGAGAGACAACAUGGGCCGCAGCAGUGGUCGAGCCCUGGUCAAGUUCUUCUCCCCCCAGGACACGUUCGAGGCGGUAAAACGCGGUGGCGCCCUCAUGGGCCAGCGAUUUGUGGAGAUCAGCCCCGCUUCUGAGCGACAGUGGGCAAGCGUUGGUGGGCCGGCCCACUCCAAACCCAACAACAACAACCAGCAGGAGUCCCAGGACCAACAUCGACGUGGCAGCAUGACGUCGGCCUCUCCCGGGGGCCGGGGGGAGCGUGGGCGGUCCCGCUCUCCACAAAAGCCGGAGUUCUGUGUUUACCUAAAAGGCCUGCCUUACGAAGCAGACAAGAAGCAGAUAUUCGACUUCUUUAAGAACCUGGAGAUCGUAGAGGACAGCCUGUAUAUCGCCUACGGUCCUACCGGCCGUGCCACGGGGGAAGGCUUUGUUGAAUUCAAGAAUGAGAUGGACUACAAGGCAGCCCUCGGUUCACACAUGCAGUACAUGGGCAGUAGGUUCAUUCAGGUCCAUCCCAUCAGCAAGAAAGGAAUGUUCGAGAAGAUUGACUCCAUCCGUAAACGCAUGCAGGGCUCCCAGGGUGAACAGAAGAACAGCUCCGACCCGGCCAAAGGUGCCAGGAACUGCGGCCACAUAUCCAACAUCCCCUACAAUGUGUCAAAGAAGGACGUACGCCUGUUUCUGGAGGGGGUCGGGGUGUUUGAGGACAGCCUGAAGGUUCUAGUGGACGGGAACGGUAACGGAUUGGGCCAGGCUGUGGUGCAGUUCCGUUCCGAAGACGACGCUCACAACGCCGAACGGCUCCACCGGCAGAAACUGAACGGCAGGGACGCCUUCGUGCACCUGGUCACCUUCGAGCAGAUGAAGGAGAUCGAGAGAAACCCUCCACCCCAGGUCAAGAGGGGGCAGGGUAAGGUUCAGGGUCAGGGCAGCUCCCAGGUUCAGGUUCACGCACAGGCCCAUGCACAGGCCCACGUUCAGGCCCAAGCGAACCCCUUCGGCAUGACAGGAGAAGAGUUCAACUUCCUCAGAAACACAGUAGGGAACCUAAACAAUGGGCCAUUCGUAGGCCCGUUUCCAGGCCCAGGUAAUGGCCUAGCGGGGCCCCCUCCACUGCCCCCCCUGGCAGCAGGUCUGGGGGACGUGGGUCUAGGCCUUCCCCCUCCCCUGGUGGGACACAUGCCAGGCCCUAUUCUGGAACCUCCAGGGUUCCGGCCCGGCAAUUCUAGUGGACCUCCAGGUUUUGGUCAGCCGCCAUUCGACAACAAUUCUAGAAAGAAUGGAGGCCAGGGGCGAGGGGGUGGAAGUGGAGGGGGGGGGGGAGGAGGACAGGGUCGGGGUGGGGGAGGAGUACCGGGAGCUGACCCCCUCAGAGGACAGGGGGCUGCAGGGCCAGGAAACCCCCGCGGUGGGGGACCCACCAUCGUCAAGAUCCAGAACAUGCCGUUCACAGUGACUGUUGAUGAAAUCAUGGACUUCUUCUACGGAUACCAGGUGCUCCCUGGGUCUGUUUGCCUACAAUUCAGUGAAAAGGGCCUGCCCACUGGGGAGGCGAUGGUGGCUUUCGAGUCCCACGAUGAGGCCAUGUCCGCCGUCAUGGACCUCAAUGACCGCCCGAUAGGCGCCCGCAAGGUCAAAAUCAGUCUAGGCUAACUGACUCUCUCCCAGUGGUAAGAGCCUCUUGUUGAAAUGCUGAGGUAUCUCACAAUCUCUCUCUCCUUUUUCCCUUUGUUGAAAUUCUUUACAAAAGUACAAUUAUUUAGUAGCAAAAUAUGAAAUGACAAAAAAAAAAAAAAAGUGCUGCAUCACUUUGAUGUAUGAAGAUGCUUUACUGUAGCGGUUCUGCGUGGAUUUCCUGUUGGUUUUCAGCUGGCCAUGACAUGGUGAUGAUGUAGGAGCUGGAAUCCAAUCAUGUCCAGAGGUGAAGCAUGCGAUAUGAGUGUUUCUCUCAAACAGACUUGAUGACAGACACAGGUCUGGAUGCAGGAGUGUGGGUGGAGAUAACUGAAGGGUGGUGCUUACUCCAUCCUAUUCUUGAGGCAUGUUAGAUGAGUUUCUCAUAAUGACGAUGUGACUCCUAACCCUAACCUGUGUCUGCUGUAGGUUGAACUUUAGCUCUUCCUCUCCUCUUUCUGAAACUUUCAUAAAAGGGGUUUCCUCUACACCUGCUGCCAUGCAAGGUGCCACAGAGGUCACAAUUUUGCUCAAAGCUGUUUUCCCACCCACUGUCAAUAAAUGCAAAUGUCAAUGUUGUUGCUCUCUUGUGUGAAAGAAACUGUAGUGCUUGUUUCUUCAAUGUUAGAUAUGACUGAUUUUUUUUAAUCUUCAGAGUUAUUGCAGCCUGACCCAUGAAAGCUCUCUCUGCCUCCGUUUUCUUUGAACCUAUAAGCUGCUGUUUCCCAGAUGUAGAUUGUGUAGCGUUGUAGUGUCAUCUCAUCAGAACAACUGUUAAGUUUCAUUCAUUCGACGUGGCAGCAAAUGAACUCAUUGGGUGUGUGUAUAUAGCCUCCUGUCCUACACUUUUGUCAAUAAAAUGGCAUUCCUGAUAUCAUUUAUCUAA